AAACUGGAAAAAUCCAUCAACUUUUUGCAGUCAUCAUCAAAGCUUCCUAAUACCUGAACGACAACAACAACCCCUAAAAUCUCGGAAGCCAGAAUGAGCAGAGCAUUGUUCAGAAACGUGGCCGCCGACACCGCCCGGCUCAUACGGCGGAACGUGGCGGCGGAGACAUACCCUUUUGCUAAGACCGGCCUUGCUCAAUCAAGACCUUAUUUCCGGUCGCGUCAGCUUCUCGGAAGAGCUAAAGAAACAGGAGUCUCACCUUCUCCUUCUUUGGGUUUUUGUUCUUCUUCUUCUUCAUCUGCGUCGAUUUCGAAAGUUGGGUUCGUUGGAUGGUAUCUUGGUAUGGUGAAAUCACGCCCAGUUUUGACCAAAAGUGUCACUUGCUCUCUUAUUUACAUUGCCGCCGACUUGUCUUCUCAGACAAUUUCGAAAACUUCCUCCGAGUCAUAUGACUUGGUGAGAACAGCAAGGAUGGGAGGUUAUGGUCUAUUUGUCUUGGGUCCAACACUUCAUUAUUGGUUCAAUUUCAUGUCAAGACUCUUUCCUAAACAAGAUUUGAUCACAACGUUUAAGAAAAUGGCUAUGGGACAGGCGAUCUACGGGCCUACCAUGACCGUUAUUUUCUUCUCAUUAAACGCAUCCCUACAGGGAGAAAGCGGUUCAGAUAUACUUGCCAGAUUGAAAAGGGACUUACUCCCUGCGCUGUUUAACGGUGUCAUGUAUUGGCCCGUAUGUGAUUUUAUUACAUUCAGAUUCUUCCCUGUUCAUUUACAGCCUCUUGUAAGUAACUCGUUUUCGUAUGUAUGGACAAUCUACAUGACUUACAUGGCAAACCGUGAAAAACCAGUCGCAAUUUCAAGCUGAAAAACUCACACAUUUUCUACAUCCUCUCAGGGCAUUGCCUCCCUUAGUGCUCAGCUUUCGCCGCAUCAACCUGCAAUUAGCAUUCUUCAAGAUUUUUCUGUACUGUCUGUAGAAUUAGGUUGGUAAAUGUAAGAGCUUGGAAGAACUAGUCAUGUCAGACUUGUAUAAUUUCACAAACUAAUGAGUUUUGUUUCCUCUUAUUUGUCUGAAUUAUGUUCUGCUUCAAUGAAAUGUAAGAGGAAGG